GCGACAUUCCCUAUCAGUGCAUCUUCUUCUUUUGCAUUAAAAUUAAGUUACCUCUUGCUUAUUUAUCAAUUGAUUUUCAUUAGGGUUAAUUUUUUGUCAAUUCAAAAGCGUUUGCUAUGAUUACAUAACAUUUGGGAAAUAAAAGCCUAAAAAAUAUUUUUACUUGUGAGAGGUUACUCUUCUGUAAUUAUCCGGCGUUCUGUGCAGAUUUGUCAGCUACUCAAAGUACCAGAAUCCUUGGUCUUUUUAAAAAUCUCAUUUCCUUUAUUUUAAUUAUUAUUUUUUAAAUGUUCGUUUUAUUUUUAUUUUUUGCUGUUCACACAAGAAAUGCACUGACUCAUUUGGGCGAUAGUGAAAAGGGGGCGCGUCUUCCCUACCUCUUUGUCUGACCAAAGGUAAACAACACUCGGCGAGAACUGCGAGAAGAGUGCGAGAGGAUUUGGAUUCGGAAAAACACAAGUGCAACGGAACAGAUUGUGCACAAGUCCAAAGAGGCAACCAGUAUAGCACUAUCAAAAAAAGAUGUUCGUGUAUAUCCUGGUGCUGCUGGCCCUGUGGUUUGUCUACAGGUGGUUUCAGGAGUCUAAACGUGUGGCAGACAACGGAGACAAGCAUGUCUACAUCACCGGCUGCGACACUGGCUUUGGUCAUCUCCUGGCCAAGCACCUGGAUAAGCUGGGCUUCCGCGUCAUAGCCGGCUGUUACACCGAAAAGGGCGAAGAUGAGCUGAAAAAGGCCUCGUCCGACAGACUGACGACGCUUCAUGUGGAUGUUUCUGACUCUGCAAGCGUUAGACAGACUGCGGCAUUCAUUGACUCACUUGUCGGGCAGAAAGGUCUUUGGGCUGUCGUGAACAAUGCGGGCAUCGGUGUGCCUUCGGGCCCCACGGAGUGGAUGACUAUUGAAGACUACAAGAGCAUGCUGGCUGUCAAUCUGGUGGGGGUGAUCGACGUGACCCUGAGUGUCCUGCCACUCAUCAAGAAGGCCCGAGGCCGGGUGGUGAACGUGGCCAGCGUGUUCGGCAGAAUCACCCCCUUUGGCGGUCCGUACUGCGUGUCCAAAUACGGCGUGGAGGCCUUCAAUGACAGCCUGCGUUUGAACAUGGCGCCAUUCGGAGUCAAAGUGCUGUGCAUCGAGCCCGGCUUCUUCAAAACAAAUGUCACCAACACCGAGAUCUUGGAAAAUAACCUGACAAAGCUGUGGGAUAGAUUACCUCAGCAUGUGAAAGAUGACUACGGAGCAGACUUUUUGGAACGCGGGUUUAAAAUGAUGUCCGAAAGAUUCCGAGUGCUGACGGACGGCGACCUGAUGAAAGUGGUGGGCUGCAUGGAGCACGCCGUCGCCGCCGUGCAUCCUCGCACUCGUUACUCCCCCGGAUGGGACGCCAAGCUCAUCUGGCUGCCUCUGUCCUACAUGCCCACGUUCAUUACGGACAGUUUCUUCCUUAAAUCCAGCCCCAGGAUCAAAGCAUCUGUCUUAUAAAAUACAGUGACGACGUUUUCCAUGUGGCGUUGCCGCUGUUCAAUACCUCAUUACUCGUAUAGAUUACAUGUCAAACUCAAGACCGCAAUGCAAAUGAGUAUGACGCCAUACAUACCAUAUAAUCUUUUCAGUCCUAAAGUUAAUAAAAUGUUAGUAUUACCAGUUACUGAAUAUUUAAGACUUAGCACAGGCAACUAACCCCUUAUCUAUUGUCUGGAUCUCGUGCUGCUUUUCAAGGGCUUAAUAUUCAACUUUGCUUUUGCUUCUUAUUGGACUUCGGCUUGACUUACAUUGGUACCCGCAAAUGGUCCAGCACUAAAACCUCCUGUGGUAUUUCAGCUAAAUUGACUGUAUAUCCGUAGCAUUUUAAGUUUUUAUACCCAGCCUAUAUGUGCACUGAUAGACAGUUUUUCUUCCUGCUGUUUUCAAAUAUAUAUAUAUAUAUGUAUAUAUAUUGAGAGGGGGAUGUAAAAAUAAACUGGAAUAAUGUGUACACUGUGCAGUCAGCUUUUUUAUGACUUUUUGUUUUCCUAGCAUCAGCUUUGCUGCUUGCUAUUUUGAUCUGUUCAUAAUUCCCUCCUUCCACCUUGACCUUGGCUUCACUGCCAGCCGAUUUACCACAAAUGCAUUUCAUUUUUUCUAGGAGGCUUUUACUGACAUGCUUUCAAGCAGAAGCCUCUGCUAACACUUUUGUUCAAACAAAGUGUUCAUAAUUUCUUCCAUUUCACAAAAGCUGACGUUUAUGCAAAAGUGUGUAGGGUUUUAUAUUUGUAUCCACUAUAUGUAGCAUGCCCAAGUAGGUCAGCAUUUGCAUUUCAAAAAUACAAAUAAAGGUUAUUGUUAUAACCACGGGAA